UCUCAUACCCCGGGUGAACUCUCAAAUUUCACCAUAGUACCAACACAAAGUCUCACUUUGGUUUCCUAAAUUCAAUAAUUUUAACCACGCAUUGUCUUCGGCUUUGUCCUUCAAGUCUCGUUACCACCGACUCCACACUCCCGUUCACCAUCACGAAUCAACAAGAUGAACGCGCCUGAUCGUUUCGAGCUCUUCCUGCUCGGUGAUGGCGAGAAGAAGAUCGAGGAGAAGGUCUUCUCCGGAAUGUCCAACACCUCGGACUUCAUCAUCAAGAAGGAGGACCACACCCUCGGCAACCUCUUGUCUGAGCACCUCAAGAUGCACAAGCACGUCCUGAUGGCGGGUUACAAGAUCGCGCAUCCAAACGUCCCCGAGAUGUUCAUCCGAGUCCAGACAGACGGCUCGAUCACCGCCAAGGAGGCCUUGGUAGAGGUCAUUAAGAAGCUCAUGCAGGACUUGUCGCACCUCAGUCGCGAGUUCACUCGCGAGUUCGAGCUUCGUCGCAUGGUCGAGGCCGGCCGUUCGAGUCAGCAGGGCCAGUAAGCUGGACAUACUUGAGACGAUGGGUUACAUCUCGCAUGGGAUUUUUUCCUCUAGGCGUUAGGCGGAUAAGGUCAUUACGGAAUAACGGUCUGAUACCGAAGUUUGGCAUGGGGAAUCGUCAUAUUGGUUUUCGCGUUCUGGGCUGAGCAAGUGCCUCGGAUUAGAAAAGUUGAUCAUUGCGCAUUACGUCGUCAAUUACGCGAUGCUUUGAAAGGCUCUCUACGUGAAAUUUUGUGAUGUGUAUGCCCAGUUCCCCGAGGCCUUCUUUCGUGAUUUACCCUUGGGCUCCGAGUCAACGCUUUCAGCUUUCAUGGCGUGCUUGCUCGUAUUACCUUGGCCCCGUCCUCAUAAGACCCUCUAGGUUAUCAGAAUGGUGAACUUAGUUUAUCUGCGAUCUUGAGGAGCAGCUGCCUCUGCUCAAAUUUCUUUCUCUCCAAGUUUCUUCAUGCUGUCACUGGACCUUCUCCUCCAG